AUGGAGUACUUCGACUUUGAAGGUGCUUCGUCAGCCCAUGAGUCAAACCAUCAAAGCGAUGAUAUCGCCUCGGUUGAUCUUGAGUUCGACGAGCCUGAAGAGCAGGAGGACAGAUUCGACUCGCUGCUCCAUGACCAGAAAGACCUACCUCUCUCUUUUCCUAUUGACCCGCCCGUCCCGGAGUCGGCCGAGCAAAAUGUGGAUGUUCCUGUCGGCCCCGAUCAAGACACCGGAGUCUACCCCAUGUUCCGAGCCCAUGAACCCUGUGACUUUUGCCGCCGCAUGGGCCUUGACUGCUUUAUUGCAACGAGAGGUGUGAUGCAAAAAGCAGGUUGUACCUGUUGCAUCUCCCUCUGGCGCGAAUGCAGCUUCACACACGCCAGAGUUCCUGGCCGCUUCCUCCAGACUUUGCAUCCAGUGAACGAGCACACCUACACUUCCAAAGGUGGCUUAACUGGACUCAAAGCAUUGAAGUCGGUCUCGUACAAUACAUUUGGCGACGACCCUGAUGGUCGCUCUCGCAAGUCCAGUGCUCGAUUUUCUCGCAAGGCGAUCAAUAUCUUGAAAAGUUGGCUUCGCGAGCAUAACGACAACCCUUACCCUACCGAACCCGAGAAAGAUCAACUCAAGGAGAACACGGGCUUGACAAGAACCCAGAUUGCCAACUGGCUUGCCAACGCUCGUCGUCGAGGCAAGGUUCCCCCAGCCGGGGCCGAGUCUACCGGUUCGGGAGCUGUCAAUAUCCCCGGACAGCAGCACCCUAGGGAUGUGUCUCUCAUGACUCCUUUGGAACGUUGGAAAUACUCCCCUCCUGAGAACGAACCGGCCACGAUCAGCGAUAUUAACCGUGCCUUGGCCAAUCCACCUUUCGAUCCCGCGCGUCAACGUCAGAAAUCUGGUCACGUGAGGGGUCGCCCGGGGUCGAGUACCAAUGACUCAAGCCACGCCAGUUCCGAACAUAAAAGAUAUACCGCCUCGGGUAGCAGUUUGGAUACUAGUCGGUCUUCCCUCUCAGACCUCUCUUUUGCAUCUGCCUUUUCCCACCGGUCCUCCUUGGGCUCAUUCGGCUCAAUGGAUCGCAAAGAACGUCGUCGUCGCCGCAAGACCUCGGUGCCUGUCAAUACUUUCAACCACCAGAAGGCUCGAGCAUCUCGUCCCUUCCAAUGUACUUUCUGUACCGAUUCAUUCACGGCUAAGUACGAUUGGCAACGUCAUGAAAAAUCAAUGCAUCUCAUCCUGGACCAAUGGACCUGUUCUCCUCACGGCGGCGUAACAGAGGAGAAUGGUAUACUUCGUUGUGUUUUCUGCUCCAUUGCCAAUCCAGACAAAGAUCAUCUAGAGACACACAACUACAUCAGCUGUCAAGAAAAGUCACCGCAAGAGAGAACCUUCUUCCGAAAGGAUCAUCUGAACCAACACCUCCGACUCAUGCACAAUGCGAAGUUUCAACGAUGUAUGGACAAAUGGAACAGCAGCAUCACCAACGUGAAAUCCCGCUGUGGAUUCUGUGGAACUGUUCUGCUUACCUGGAAGGAUCGAGUUGAUCACCUUGCUGGCCAUUUUAAGAAUGGAGCGAACAUGGCCCAAUGGCAGGGCGAUUGGGGCUUUGAGCCCUGGAUCCAAGAGCGUGUGGAGAAUGCAAUCCCUCCGUAUAUGAUUGGUUAUGAAUGGCGAUCUCCCAACCCUUGGACGACUGAUGGCAACCCACCAGCGCUGCCUGUCCCGAACGAUGCCAACUGCUAUCAUCGCCUGUCACGCGAACUCACGGCUUACAUCCACAACCAAACAGCGCAAGGAAUUGUCCCGACAGAUCAGAUGCUACAAGCCGAGGCUCGUCGGGUAAUUUACUGCUCGGAAGAUCCUUGGAAUCAAACCUGUGCAGACAACCCUAUCUGGUUGAAGGUCCUAAAGCGCGAGACGGGCCUCGAGGUCGCUGUGAACGACGAGACCAUUCACUUUGCCGACUUGGGCCUUCAGCCUCCAUUCGCCACUGUUCAAAGUGGCUUGCGAGAGCCUGCACAAGAAGCCAAACCACUGGCAACAACAGUCUUCCCGGGUGCACUUCCCAGUCCCGCGGUGUCAAGUCCUGGCAUCCGAAGCCCCGCCUACCCUGGAACAGGCUUUUCAUCCGCGGCGGCCAGUCGACCGGGAAGUCUUUCAGGGAGUUAUGCUGGCAGUUCAGGGAUGAUCUCGGCUGGGGUCCCAGCCUUUGCUUCUGAUUGGGGCAGCAGCAUGACUGGUGGCCAAGCCUCAUCCUCAGCACCCGCAGAUGGGGGAGCACCUGAUCCACUCGUGCAGAUGGGAUUCGACCCAGCCUUCCUGCAGCGCUUGAACGAUAACUACAGUGAGCUCACGCCGCCUGAUAUGGAUAGCAUGAACUUGGUCGAGCCAGGUGAUUAUGAUGACAAGGGAAAACAGCCUUGGGUGGAUCCAGCAUCGCAGAUCCAGCCUGGUAUGGUUCCUGCCUCAGAUCCUAUUCUAAUCACCCGUUCCGAAGAAGGCGGCCCUCCUGCGUCAAAUGUGGCCCAGCCUGGUAUGCCUGCAUUUCACGAUAAUAUUGGACACUUUUGA